CCCAAAGUGUGACACCCCCUCAUGUCACAUCCCAGUGCCACCCUGUGAGGGGGGGACAGCACCCAUAGACCCCCCCCCCCCGAAAUUUGCACCCCAGGGAGGGGGCUGUUCCCUUAACACCCGUGGUGGGGGGGGAACUCAGUGAAACACCCUUUUUCCCCCCAAAAUGAGCCAAAUCUGAGGGAAAUGAAAGGGAUUAAAAUGAGGGGUGCACAAAGGGGGGGUUAUCCUUGGCUGGGACAAAGGGACUGGGGGAGCCCCCCUGGAUCAACCCCGUGUGUUCCCCCCUCCCUUUGUGACAACAAACACCAGGCCCCCCCUGCAGUAUUUACUGUCAACACCCCAAACUGGCCCCGACUGGGCCAAACUGGGCCCAACCCUGCUUACAUCACCCCUCCCCGUGCCUAUAAAGCCAUGGGGGGAGUGGGAACUCACCUGUCUGUCCCUCUCUGCUGCCACCCUGUCCGUGGGGUGUCCCCCCCUGCCUUGAGAUCCCCCCAAAAUGCUCUUCUGGCACGGCCAACCCGACCACUACUGGCCCAGCGCGGGGGACGUGUACCCCCUUCCCGCUUCUGGAGUGCUCAGGGACCCCCCCGUCCUGCCCUACCUGAAGCAGGAGGAGCCCAACGGCAUCUCCACGUCCCAGCCCGAAUUCCCGGCGUUCCAGUACGUCCUGUGCGCCCCCACCUCCCCCGCCGUGCGGCACCACGAGGAGACCCUCACCUACCUCAACCAGGGGCAGUCGUACGAGAUCCGCAUGGUGGGGACCCCUCGGGGGGACCCCGCGGAGGGACGGAGGAUGGUCAAGAGCGUGGUCCGCGUGUCCUUCCACGACCGGCGCCUGCAGUACUCGGAGCAGCAGCAGCUCGAGGGCUGGCGGUGGAGCCGCCCCGGCGACCGAAUCCUCGACAUCGACAUCCCGCUCUCCGUCGGCAUCCUCGAGCCCCAAAUCCACCCCACGCUGCUCAACACGGUGGAAUUCCUGUGGGACCCCUCCAGGCGCACCUCCGUGUUCGUGCAGGUUCACUGCAUCAGCACCGAGUUCACCCUGCGCAAGAACGGGGGGGAGAAGGGGGUCCCCUUCCGCAUCCAGAUCGACACCUUCGGGGCGGGGGGCAAGGGAGACCCCCCCGAGCACCUGCACUCUGCCAGCUGCCUGGUCAAGGUGUUCAAGCCCAAGGGGGCCGAUAGGAAGCAGAAGACGGACCGGGAGAAGGUGGAGAAGCAGCCGCCACCGGAGCGGGAGAAAUUCCAGCCGUCCUACGAGAGCACCGUGCUGGCCGAGUGCCCCCCAUGGCCAGACAUGCUGGGUGCCCCCCACAGCCCCCCGGGCACGCCGGGGCUGCCGAGCCCUCACCCCCUCAAGCUGCUGAGCCCCGAGAGGUGCCCCGGCCCCUCCCGCAGGGGGUGUGCAUCGCCCGCCUGCGCUGCCGAGGGACCCGCCGAGAGUCCCGGCGAGGUGCUCAGUCCCUGCGCGUCCCCCCUGGAGACGCAGCAGUGGCUCCUCCGGCGCCGCUUCUCCGCCUGCGCCCGCGUGUUCGCCAACUUCACAGGCGCCGACCUGCUGAAGCUCUCCCGCAGGGACCUGAUCCAGAUCUGCGGGGCCCCCGACGGCAUCCGCCUGUGCCACGCGCUGGAGGGCAGGUGCCCGCGGCCCCGGCUGACCCUCUACGUGGCACGGGAGCCUGGCGGGGCUGAGGGUGCGGAGGAUGGGGGCUCAGGGCCGUACCAGGAGCUGCACCUGGAGCAGCUGACGGUGGCCGAGCUCACCGGGAAGCUCGCGGAGCUCCUGGGGCUCCCCCCGGGCCAGAUCCUGCGGCUCUCCCGCCAGGGACCCUCCGGCAUCCAGGUCCUCGUCAGCGACGCGAUGCUCAGGACCCUCCAGGACGAGGCCAGUUUCGUGGUGGUGAUCACCAAAGGACCCGGAGCUGGAGCCGUGCUGGGAUGGGGAGAGGAACACCGGGAUGGAGAGAGGAACACCAGGAUGGAGAGCGGCCUCAAUCCCUGUGGGGGUUUGGGGUCCCCCCCACCUCAGCUCCACCUAUAUCUUACCCCUAUAUCUUACCCCUAUACAUCUGUAUCUGUGGAUUUACUCUCAGUGAAUGCAUUAUUAUACCCCCAGCGCCCAGGCAAGCACAGAUCACACCAUUAAAACAGUAUUUCCCAGCUCUCUGCACCACAGAGCACAGCACAAGGCUCAGCUCCUGCAUCCAGUCCCUCGGGCUGAGCUCCCUCCCCCCAAGCUAAAAACAGGUUAAAAACCUUGAGUGGGACAGAGCCAGAGUUGGGAAGGAGGGAGGGAUUUGCACAGAGGAGGGAAAGAGGCUUCUCCUUGAUUUUCCCCAUUAUUUUGCUCUCCUGGCACUUCAGCACAAGGAGCCUCUGCUGGGACUUGGCCCAGAGGGAGGACAGAAACCUUGAGAUGGAAAAUAAACCCCCCUCCAAACAACUCAAUCCUUCACCAGAAGAGGGCAAAAUGUUUCAAACCUCAUUUUUUCGGGACGCUGUAGCCAAGAUCCCUCACCCUGCCAUAAAAAAAAAAAAAACACAACCCAAAAUCAAGCCCAAGCACCCACCACACCUUAGGCCAGCCCUGAGCAACACAGGGAAAAUCAAAUAAAAAUACGAGGGAAAUUACAGUGAGGUUUAGAAAAAGAGGAAUUUGUCAAAGUCCUUGUUUGAAACAAGCACAUCACACCUGCCCCAUCCUCCCCCUCUGUGGGAGCGCUCAAGAACUGGGAUAAAAAGUGCCUUAAAAGAGCAGAAAAGCCUCGUUUUUGGUUGCACUGGAUGUGCUGGAGGAUCUCCCAGCCCGGGAGCCCCGGGGCUGAUUCCCUGGAGAGGUGUCUUUGUCCCUGCCCCAUCUGCAGCCCAAGGGCACAGGGAGGCCCAGCAGGAAUUGGGCUGUGGGAGCUGCAAGGCAGGUCGCAGGUCACAGGAAAACUCUGCUGGGAGGUGGGAACGGACAUUCCAGGACUGGGGGACACAACCCGGGAGGUUUCCAGGGGAGGACAGGGAGGGAGCUGGGACAGGGGUGGGGCUCAGAAAUCACAGGAUGGAGCAAUUCCCCUACAUUUUGGGAGCUGACUCCCAGUUGCCCAACACCCUUCACAGCCACCUGAGGAGGGGCUGAGCUUUAAGGACCCUUCCAAACCAUUCCAUGGUUCACACACCUGGAGAGCCCCCAAACACCCUCCCUGUCCAGGUGCAGGAGGUGGAUUCUCUUCCAGGAAUUCAUCCCUCCCGUGAGACGGGGCUUGGAAAAUGGUGUUUAUUGGUACUUAUAAAUACAAACAUCAGGAAGAGUCCAUUUGAAGACGGAUAAUUGAUUUAAAAGGACACUGUCAAGUAGUUUCGAGCUACCUUAAUGCUGCCACCCUGGUUGGCAAACAGAAAAGAGAAUGCUUUGGGUUCUGUGUUCUCGAGUUUCCCCUGGAAAACUCCGCUCUUUUCCAAAGGAAUCCGGUCAGACAACAACACCCCCGCCUCCGAAAUCCCACUUUUCGCUCUCCCCUGCCACAGUAUGAACUGAACAAAGUGUUUUGCUUUUUUGUGUGUGGUUUUUUUUUUUCCCCAGAGCUGUGCAAAUCCUGUGAUUGCUGGGUGACCCCCUCGCCCGGCCAAGUCCGUCACCACCAUCCUCUGCCACCCUUGAAACCUGGAGAGAAGUUCUGGAAAUGAAGCCCCUCGAGGAAGGGAGGGGCAAUCCAACAGCACUAAAGGUGGUUUGAAUAAAUAUGAAGGGAUUAAAAGCAUCUACAGGAA